GCGCAUCGGCUGAGAUGAGGUAUCACUACUGUGGAUUAAUAGCUUCCGAAAAGAUUUAACUCAAUCCUUGAUGGCUGAAAUCUACAUAGCAAUAACGAAGUUAAUACAAAGGACUUCAAAGAAGCUGAUUAAGAUAAUCCAGAGUUUAAUUUAGGCGAUUAAUCCCUCCAGGGGUCGGUUGGACGCAUUAUUCAACGACCUAAACAACGUUUUCUAGGAAUCGUUGUGCGCCAAUAGCUAAAAAUCAAAUUCUCAGAAAAGCACCUUGAAAUCUCAAUAGCUCAUGUCCAACGAUUGCAAGCUCAAUAUUUUGAGGCUCAGCAAACUGGCCAUUACCGCAACAUUAUGGAGAUUAAUGUUCGACUUUCAUCUGAAGUAUGUUUUCUAAAGCUAUCAUCACAAGUCUUCUCUCAGCUGUUGGAGUACGCACAGUGUCGGAAACAAUGCACUCAUAUUAUCAUAGUUCGGUAGUUGGGCUAUUGCUGGGAUAACACGAAUUAUCUACGCUUGGAUUUAAUGACUGAACGUAUAUCUCAAUGGAAUUUAAUUAUGACUCAAUCAGGUUUACUGUACGACGGAAAACGGAAAUCUCUGCUACCGUAAACCACUUCAUCACAUUAAUUUCGGUUCAGUUAGGUAUAAUUAUUUGGGUUCUGGGAUGGUGAGUAGUUUUGCUACUGAGAUAGUUUAAGUUUUGCCCCAAAGUGACCAUUCUAAUAAAGUUCACUUACAUUUUGCGAAUCCCACUCAAUGUGAUAUUAAUACCUAACAUGAUAAUAUUUCUCCCAAUAUAAGUUAUGCAUGCAGUCUCCAGCCAUUUGAGGCUUCCACGGAUAGUGUCUGGCCCUGACAAACUCGUGAUUGAUAAAAGCAAAGGUGAUGUAACUUUAAACUGGAAGUUUAAGCUGCGGCCUACAGAGACAUGGAGCAAUACUAUAGUCGAAGUGGUUUUCGGUGUCUGGAAGCAUCCAGGAUUCCUCGAAAAGAAGUUGGUGGCUAUCAACAAUAGCGGCGCAGAAGUGGUACGAACAAACUACGAGAAAAAGAUAAGCUGCCACUUCAACAUUUCUCUCCUGCAAGUGGCAUUCACUCUACACGAUUUGAACAAAGGAGAUGAAAACGAAUACGGCUUUCAAGUUGAGUUUGACCUGAGUCGUACUCCCUUAACAGAUAGUGUUAUGCUUCGUCUUGAAGAUCCACCUAAAAUCAACACUCCUCACCAAAGAAACAUCUCCAUGAGGAAUGGUGAACCGCUGAUGAUAAAAUGCCAUGCAACUGGAUUUCCCACACCUAGCAUAAAAUGGAAAAGACUGGGGGAAACCAUUGGAGACCAAGCUCUGUAUUUCAACUCUUUAAAAAGAAGCGACGGCGGAGUUUACCUGUGUGAAGCUUAUAAUCAGGCGGGCAAAGAUAGUAAGGAAAUCAUCGUAAGAGUUAAUGAUUUCCCUGAACUCGAGUUUCCAACAACGCAGGAAGGUAAACUUCAUAUUCUCUUCGACAACCUUUUAGGGGGAUUGAUGUUGAUGUCCCUCUCAUCUUUAUCUCUCCGUUUCUUAUUAUACCUACACAAGUUCCCCAUUUGCUCUCACCGACCAUUCAUUAUAUGUUAUCUCUUUUCUAUUUUCCAGCUUCUAAGGCGCCAACAAGAUCAUCAGAGGACAUAAGUCCUGUGUGGAUCAUUUGCCUGUUUCCAUUGCUGUAUUAGUUAUCUUGAUAACACUCAAAUUAUUUCGGCAUCGC